AUGGUAAAAUAUCCUAGGGAAGAGAUUAGCUACAAGAAACUCUACAGAAAACUAGAUCUAAAUAAAAACCUGGGAAUAGCAUGGCCAGAACUGCCAGAGGAUCGUGAGAUUGCCAUAAUCGACGAGGACCAGGCAACUCAAUCAGUUGCUGAGAUAUUUACGCCUGAUGAGUUUGAUGAAGAGUUUUGUGUACAAAACAGCAUCAAGAUACAAGAUUUUGAAGAAAUAUUUAAGAAGCUGGAUCAAAACUUUAUCUCUUGGAUUUUCAAAAGCCUUGAUCGUAUAAAAAUUAAAAAGCCAGAUAAGCCCUGUGACAUUUGUGGAAAAUAUCAAUAUAUGGAUGAACGGACACCCAUUAUAUGCCAAGGAUGCUAUAUCACAGUCCACGAAUCCUGCUACGGCGUUGCCGAGUCGGCUAGCAAGCGAUGGCUGUGCAAAAAAUGCAUUUUCCACUAUGAAAAGGCAGUCUGUAAGUUUUGUAAUACAAGCAACGGCAUUUUCAAGAAAACCGUCACUAAUGAGUGGGGGCACGUUGUUUGUUCGCUUCUUAUCCCAGGAGUCUCGUUCUGCAAUAUGAAUGUUAAAGAUCCCAUAGACGAUACAGAGGCAGAAAGGUUGGAAGGUAUCUGUAGUGUCUGUGGCAAUUGUUCUACAUUUUUAAUUAAGUGCGCAUAUGGUGGGUGUGAUGUAUUUUAUCAUAGCAGUUGCGCUGCCCAGAAGCUGUACUGUGAUAUAGGAAAUGGUGUCAGCUACUGUGAAAAACACAACCCCUUGAACAGAUCAAAAAGAAUCAUGUCAAGACGAAACACACUCAAGGAUGUGGAAUCGUAUCCAGAGUUAUCCAACGCGCUACUAAUUAGAGAAACAAGAGGGUUUUCUGAGCCCAGGAGGACCAGGUAUUCAAAAGUCGUUGCAAAGGCUCCUAAAGCCAUAGAGACUGGACUUGAGAAAUACAGCGGAACCCCCGCCUUGGAUCUAAUCUCAAAGUACUGGAAGCACAAGAGACAGCUGGCUGGAUACUAUUUUGAUGAUUUAUUUAUGUUCCCAAAUUACUUUCUCAAAAACCCGCAGGAGUAG